AUGUUUAAGAAAUUAUCAUUAAAAGGUUCAUCCAAUACAAAUAAUCAAAUUAAAUCAUCAUUACAAAGAAAUAUAAAGAAUUCAAUUUUAGCACAAUAUCCAAAAUUAAAAGAUAUAGAAGAGGAUGUAUUCCCAAAAAAAGUUCCAAUUGUUCAAGUUAAAUGUCAAAAUCAUAUAAAUUUAGUUUUAAUUAACAAUGAAGUUUUAUUUUUUAAUGAAAGAGAAGGACCAUAUUAUCCAACUUUAAGAUUCUUACAUAAAUAUCCAAAUAUUUUACCACAUGUUCAAGUUGAUAAAGGUGCAAUUAAAUUCGUAUUACAAGGCGCAAAUAUUAUGUGUAGAGGUUUAACAUCACCAGGUGCAAAGAUGGAAGUUGAUUUACCAGUUGAUGCUAUUGUUGCUGUUAUGGCUGAAGGUAAAGAUCAUGCUUCUGCAAUUGGUGUAAUGAAAAUGUCAACAAAUGAUAUUCGUACAAUCAAUAAUGACAUUGGUAUCAAUAAUAUUCAUUAUUUAGGUGAUAGUUUAUAUAUGUCACCAAACCUUGAAUAA